ACAAAUUCAUAGUUUGUGCGAGUAGCUCAAGUUUUCAAGUCAUUCGUGUAAAUCAAAAGAAGCGAAAAGGACGCAGUUUUGUUUGAAAUACACGCAAAAUCAUAUCAAUAUUUGUAAAUAAGCUUCGAGUAGUUGAAAAGACGUGCGAUUGUGUUGAAUUUAUAUAAAAUCAUAUUGGAUACAUAGUUUUUGUUCGAAAUAAUGAAAUGUAUGUUGAAAAUGGGCAGAAAACAUAAGAUUGUGGCAGGAAAUUGAAGAAGGAUACGUCCAUUUUUUGUGUCAUAAUCAAAGAUGCUUCUAUUCGAAUAUCGAAUGCUUAGUUCCCGGAAAAAAAGUGUAGGUUGAUAGGAUAUUACAUCUUAAAUCAGGAUUCAUUACGAUAGGAUCAACGGGCUUCUUUGUGGAAAUAGAAGUUUUUCGUUCAUUUUCGUUGGAAAAAAGAGAUGAACAUUCAAAUCUUGGCGGAAAAACAAAAGUAUUUCCAUUAAGAAAGCGAAACUUUCUAGAUAAGAAAUGAUAUUUUCUGAAGAUGCGAUCCUCUUAACCGUUAACAAACAAAUUACAAUCUAAAGAUCUACGAAAAAACAAUAUUGUUGUUGUACAGGAAUUGAUAGUAUGAUAACGACCUUAACGUAUAUUAGUGUUGGUUUGGCAUUCGAAUCUAUGUUCAAAUUGAACAAAAUUAAGCUGAUUAGCAGUAAAGAUAUGGUCUCCUUGAAGACGAAUGCCGCAAAUCACAUCAGCAUCGGAACCGAUAUCAACAGGCGAUAAAAGGAAAUUGACAGGAGCCAUGUAUUAAGGCAUUGUUGAAUUAGGUGAUGAAAUCUUAAGAAACUGCAUCUCUGGUCCACAGAAAAUAGAUAGUUUUCAUCUUCACAAAGUGAAAUACUAACCAAUACAUGCACAGGGCAAAAGUGCAGUGCGUACGCACUUUUCUUGGUGCAUUUGUUGUUUUUGCGAGUUUUGCGUUUGCUGCAUUGACUGUGUGACUGUGUGUCUGUGUUGGUUGUUAAUAUGUUCAUAUCAAGUCAACUAUCGAAAAAUGUUUUAGUCGCCAGAACAGAGAGUUCAUUGCGACCAAUACAAUUGCAAUACACACACACACACACAAGACUGCAUCGGAAUCAUAGAAAUGAACGCGAGCGCAUGCAACAGAAAAAAAGUGUUAUUCGCUUUAUUCUAAGCGUAUUUUGAACGUUAUACUUAUGCAAUAUCGAACAAAAAUGUUAUGCGUUUUUAACGAGCUGUGGAUGCAACCGAUUCAAUUGAAUUUGAUCGUGGUAAACGAAUAGAGUGAACUCUAUAUCGCGCGCGCAUUUCGAGAACCAAAAAGGGCACAAAAAUGUAUAGUGAAUUGAUGGCUUAGCAAUUUUUAUAAUAAAAAUCGAAUCGUUCAUUCGAUUUAUGCGAGCUGGUGAGUGUGUGUGUGUGUGUGUGUGUGAGAGAGAGAGAGCGUGUGUGCAUGUGUCUGUGUGCGAGUGAUAUUAUUUGUACGGCAACAAAUGGAAAGAAAAAGGCAAACGGAGCACUAAACAUUCAAAUUUACAUGCACACCCAUACACACGCACUCAAUCCGAAUGCCAUCGCAGAGCUGCUGCUGCUGCUGCUGCUAUUGCUAUUGUUGCUGCUUAGCAAGCACAGUGCUCGCUCUGACUAUGAUGAAAUAUAAUGAAAAUACUGACUGUGCACCACUACAUAUGCGCACGUGGUGAAGCAUUGGAUGUGCUCAUUUCAGAGCUCUCAAAGUAUAUAGUACACACACAUUCGGCCGUCACAUACCAGUAUCGUGGAUUCUUUUGUACAGUCGACUCUAUAUAUUUCGCAGCGUAGUCACACAAUGUCAGAGAUUUGAAAGCAACCACAGCAGCAACAACAACAACAACAACUAACGAAAUCGCAAUUUUCGCGUUUCGAAGCGCAUAAAAAAUACGGCGAUUUUACUGUAAUUUCCGGAGAUUUCUUCUUUUUUGUAAACAAACGUGCAAAUCAGCUGAAACGGUCUCAAUUGACGGAGUGCAUUGAAUUGUGCAUCAACGGGUACAAACGAACCGCUCACAGGCACACGACGUUUCGCACAAUCGAAGCAAGGAAGGACAUAUAUACCAAAAUCCGGAAAGAAUAACUGCAAAACCGGAAUAUCAUGGCUACAGCAACGUUGCUGCAACAGCAGCAGCAACAAUUGCAAAUGCAAGAGCAUAACAUCGAGCUCAUGUGUCGCAUUUGUGCAGUCGAUUUCAAGAUUGUCACCGAAGGUGUACCCAUUUUUAACACAGACCAACUGAUGGAUAAAAUCAAAAACUAUCUUCAUAUACAGAUUACAAAUUUGGAUAAAUUGUCACAUCUCGUGUGCAAUGAAUGUGUUCGAAAGAUAGAGAAUUUCCAUUGUUAUGCAAUGAUGGCACAUAAAAACCAGGAAUUAUUCAAUAUUAUGUAUUCGGAAAAAAUUUAUCGGGAACAUUGCACCGCGUUAUCAUCGCUAAACACGACAUUGUAUCGUGAGCCGCCAACGCCGCAAGUUCAACAGGUGCAACCGAAGCAGCCGAAUACAAUCACCAUCCAACCAACACCCCCGAUCAAAAAACAAAAGGUUCAACCGCAACAGAAACCAAUCAAACUGCCACCGACCACAGUCAUUACUCCAGCAUCACCACAAAACACCGCACAACAGCAGCAACAACAACAAAACCAGCAGCCGGUGGCUGUGCUGUCAACGGAGGAUAUCACGAUAUUCACUUAUCAGGAUUUGAAGCUUGGUCAAGUGAUAAAGGAUCAAGAAUUGCAAAAGUUGAUAUUACGUGCACUGAAAUGGAAUGAACCGGGCAAAACGAUCGAACAGCAAUUGGAUCGAUUGAAAAAUGCCAGUUUUCGUGGAGUGUUGAAUAAUCCGGAUUUGUUGCGUGAUGAGGAUUUGGUGCAAUUGCUGGGCCCAUAUUUGGAUCAUGGUUCAUUUGCACCAUUGGACACAAACCGAUCAACGAACGUUGAUUUCUCAACGAAAACCAUGAUGGACCAGAAUGUAACGGAAAUGGAAGUCGGCGUUGAUCCAGAUCUCUUUUUCCCAUACGAUGAUGACGAAUCGAAGGGUAUGGAUGUGGAAGUGACUAAAGUGACUAAAGUGACUAAACCGAAGAAAGAGCGAAAGAAACCCGAACCGAAAAAUAAAACACCAAGCAAAAAGACUUCAACGGCAGGUUCGUCGUCAUCGUCGUCUGUUUCAACGAUUAUUGCACCAACGUCACCACCGCCCAAAAUCCGUAUCAAGGCCGAAGGAUUGUUUAAAACAGCUUUUGCACAUUCGCUGGCAAAGAAUUCGUUGGUUCCAAUACCGAAACCCGUUAUUGUUGUGCCACCGAAAAUCGUACAGAAGGCGACGGUGCCAAAGCCAAAAAUCGUUGAAGAUGUGCCAUCAGUUCAAAUAACUAUACCUGAUCCCCAACCAAAAACUAUAACUACAAGUGCUACAGUAACAAAAGUAAGUACGACAACGUCAACGAUCGUUGACCCUAAGCCGGUCAUAGUGCAAUCUUCGCCACAGCCGCCACCAUUGAUAAAAACUCCAACACAAACGCCGACAAAAGCAACGACACAAACACCGGCCAAAGCAGAGGUUUCAUCUUCACCGGUUUCGUCGCAGGCUGAGCCUGCCAAAACAUCGAAAUCCGAAGAAAACAAGCCGAUUGUGUCGAGCACAGAGAAGGAAGAAGAAGAAGAAAAGACGCCGUCCAAGAAUGCCAAUCCAAAACCGGACACCACAUCCAAUGCCACCGUCACGACAGCAGCCACAUCGACGACGACAAAUACAACCACCCGAGCGUCACCAAAAGGAACUGCUGCAAAGGUUGAGUCGAAAGCAAGACAUACGAGGAAGGUGAAGGUCGAUCAAAGUGGCCCGAAAACACGAGCUCGUUCCAUCUUCAAUACGAGACACAAAUGCGCAGUAUGUGGCAAGAAAUUCUCAACCAGCGGCAACCUUAAAGCUCACGUCAAAACACACAAACCGAAGGGCAAAUUCAAUUGUGAUAAAUGCGGCCGAGUGUUCAAGACACAAGUUAAUUUGCAACGCCAUCAUCAAUUUCAUUUGGGUGAAAAGUUCUCAUGUCGCACAUGUGGCCGUGUCUAUCCAACUAAUAGUACAUUGAAACAGCAUGAAAUUUCGCACAGCAAUUUUCGGCCGCACAAAUGCAACAUUUGCCUAAAAACGUUCAAAAGAAGCCAAGAUCUUAAGUUUCAUCUAAACCAGCAUUCGGGUGAGAAGCCCUAUCGCUGCCCAUACUGCCCGAAAGCAUUUGCCAGUUCUGGGAAUUGUUUCUCGCAUCGGAAGCGCGUUCAUUCGGAUAAAUUGGUGCCGGCACCGACACCGACCACCACCAGCAAGCGGUCUAGUGCGGUGGAAAAUGCGAAGAAACUAGUGAAGGCAUGAGUAUCGGAGAAAUUUGUCGACGCGGAUAAACGGCAAAAAUUCUCAUUUCUUCACAAUUUCAUCACGAAUUUGUCAAAAAGUUGUUUUCUCAAAGAGAAAAAGUGAAAUUCGACGACCUAAACUGAACGAACGAACACAGCCGUCAUCGUGAUGAAACGUGAGAAAAAUCAUUCGAAUUUCUGUGAUAUUUCUUUAAAAUUAUGCUGAAAAAUCACAUGCGAUGAUUCAUUUUUUUCUUGAAGGGCAAAGAAAUUUUAGUGAUUAGUUAAUUAAAAUUAGAAAACCGAUUUUGGUUAUACAAAUUUUUUUUUUUUUUUAGAUAGAAACGGACAUUUUUUUCGAAGAAAAAUAGCGUCGAAUAGUUUGAGUUGAUGAAAUAAUUGAAUGAAUAUGAGCGACUGAAGAGGUUUAGAUUGUCGAGUGUAUCUCACAAAACGAAAAUCAUUUUUAAUAGUUGAUCUAACAAAACGGAAUGAAUACAAUGCCAUAUUCACUUAUUUUAGUUCAAUAAAAAAAAAUAAACAACUGCGUUACAUGCUUUCUCAAACUUCUAAUUUAAGCGAGCGAAAUAAAGUCUUAUUUUUUGUUAUAAAAA